UCCUAAACAGGUGGGAGUGGUGGUAAGGAAUGGUAAGGUUCCGGAGGUUCCAAAAGCCACCGAGUCAGCCAGACCUCUUAUCGCCGUGGUAGAGAGGAGACCUGUUCUACCUGCCUCCCGUUAGGACCUCGAGACACCCAUUCCGCCAAGAUGACACUCCGACUGUGCAGCGUCCUCUUCCUAACAACUGUGCUGGUGGGCGUAAGUGUGGAAGGGAUGAGACCAGGAGGUACCUCUGCGGAGAAGCCGCCCACCCCCGAGGUGCAGGCCUUGGUGGACGCCAUCAAGCCUCAGGUGGAGGAGAAACUGGGCCGCCAGGUGGACCACAUGACACUGCUGAGCUACAAGACGCAAGUCGUGGCUGGGAUCAACUACUUUGCCAAGGUGGACAUCGGUGAAGACGACGUGGUGCACCUGAGGAUUUACAAAGGCUUUGAUCAAAACGCGAAGCUGCAUGGUAUACAGUACCCGAAGGAUCGCUCCCAUCCCCUCGAAUACUUCGCUUAAGGACUUCAUGUCUGUCUAUCUAUCAUAGGACUUCUGUAAGUGUUUUAGCUCCUUGUGGGACUAUCUUUCAACAGGCUUUUAUAAUUCUAGAAAGUAAUGGGUUUUCAAGAAUGUUCCCUGAAGGUUUAACAAAAGUACUGGGAUAAAUACCCUUGAAAACCCCACUAAUCAUCGCUGUGGCCUUAGAAAAUAGUCCUUAUGAAAGUCCAGAUGGUUCCUUAAUACAGGUCUUUUUGAUUUUUGUUGUAAUUGUGAUGCAUUUUAGAUCAGUAGGAGCUGAGUGACAUUUAUAUGAUUAAAAUGCUUUCGUAAGUAUGAAUAAUAUGAGGUGCAGGGGUUCUGUGACCUCAGGCUUGCCUCUUCACCCUUUCCCUUGUCACAAAAUGCCAGUAAAGUUUAGUAAUCUGACUGAAAAUUUCACCAUCUCAUUGUGUGACUGGAGAAGGCGAGGACGCAGCCAAAUCAAUGGUGGAGGGUGUCAUGUAAGAGGCUGAAAUAAAACUGCAAAUUUAAAA